UCGACGAUUGUCGAUGGUCUGAACUUUGAAUAAAAUUCAUACCGAAGCGCAUGUUAUGAAUAACUUUGAUCGCCGCUUUGUGAGUUUUGGUGAAUUUAUUGUGUGAUUGAAUUGCGAUUGUCCUUUUUAUCUGUUGCAGUCGUUUCGGCUUAUAUUACACCUAUAGACAGAAAUCAUAAACUGUAUGUUUACAGCCAAAAUGUCGGAAUCUAAGAUAAACGAGCUUAAAAGCGAUAUUGAUGAGCUUAAUCUAUUACUUAAACAAGCAAAACGCAAGAGAGUUCAAGAUCUCUUGUCUGUUGAAGUAAGGAAAUUGGAAACUGAAUGGAUCAGCUUAAAGGAUUGUGUUACAUCUUCGGCUACUCCUAUGGACGUUAGUCCGAUACCCACAACAUCCGCAGUUCAAGAAAAGCGAUACCAGGUUAAACUAAAUGGAUAUGGUUGGGAUCAAUCGGAUAAAUACAUUAAAGUAUUUGUGACUCUUAAAAAUGUACACAACCUGCCAAAGGAGCAAGUCUACUGUAAAUUGACGGAAAAAUCAAUGGAACUUAUAGUUGAAAAUUUGGAGAACAAGGAUUAUACUCUGGUCAUAAACAAGUUGCUUGAAUCUAUCAAUGUUGUUGAGAGUCAUUGGAAGCAAAAGACUGACAUGGUGGUUAUUUUCUUGGCAAAACAGAAUCCAUCAAGCAAAUGGUCUCACAUGACAGAGAUUGAAAGGAAAUUUGAAGAUCAGAAAACCAACCGAUUCAAGAAUGAUGACCUAGAAAAGAAAGACCCCCAGGAGUCUAUUAUGAGUCUCAUGAAGAACAUGUAUGAAACUGGUGAUGAUGAAAUGAAACGCAUGAUCUCCAAGGCGUGGUACGAGGGACAACAUAAGAAAAAGGAUUCAACAAUAGAUCUAUAAAUUUAAAUUAUUUCUAAGUUCUUAUUAAUUUUAAGUGUAAUGUUUUUGAUAUUUUUCUUUUAAUUUAAGUACAUAAGUUUAAAUACAUUCUACAUAAGAUUUACACUUCAUUGUGGUACAACUGCAGCUUCAAUUUAAAAUAAAAAUCUGUAGUAAUAAUCAAGAUAUAUAUGACAAAUAAUGUCCAACCACCAAAACGCGGAACUUUAGUUCCAUUUCCGAAAUGUUUAAAAAAAUAACAUUGAAAAAAUUUAUAACUGCCACUGAUCAGUUUUUAAUAGUGGUUUAAUAAUUUGUUCCAGCAGUAAGUCGUAAUAUGGAUGUUUCUAGAAAGUAGUUAUUCUGCUAUGGAAUAGUAAUUGUACUACAAAACAUUGUAAGCCAAUGAAAAUAUUUAAUCUUUAAUAAAUCUUAUCAUUUA